GAUGCGGUUGAUUCAGUGUUAUUGGGUCAGUUCUGAUAGUUGGACUGUAUGCUGUUCUGUGGGAGAUUAAACAGAUGAAAGGCGAAGAAGAGAUAGGUGAAGUUGGGACAGCGGCUGCAUGAUCUUGAGGCGAAAGGAAACCAAACAAGGUUGCGGGUGUGUGGUUGGAGGUCACGGUGAGUGCUUUGAAUUGUGAUACUAUUGAUAUUGAAUCUCGGAGAUUGGAAAUCCUACUCAUAUUUUGUUUUGUCUUAAUCAACCAAAACUUGUAAAUUAAAUCACCAGAAACGUUGCUAACGUGGCAAGGAUCACAUGGCAGAAGCGAAAGCGUUAGGAUGUAACAUCUAAGUGCUGGCAACGUUAAAGAAAGAAAACCUAACGGAUGAAAAGGCCCCUUCAUGUGAAAUCUCCGCACCGAUUGCGUAAUAGAAGGAUAAGCUUGGCUUUGCUUUGCUGUGCCCCCAGCAAAGUUUUAACAUUGUUGUCUUUCAAUCCCUUCUUACUUCUUCCUGAGUAGCCAUCCAAUUCGCUAAAUUUCUCACCAUGGACAUUUCAAAUCUCUCUAUUGCCUUACUCUUCUGCCUCUAAUCCUUAGUCCUCACUUCUUAUGUUCUUUGCUUUUGUUUAGAUUUCUUUGUAUAAAUAAAAACCUUUUAUUGCGUUGAUUUAGGCCGAUGGGUCUUUAGCUAUUUGGUCCCAGAUCUAGAUCUGGAUCUGGGUUUUAUUACAUCUGCUUGUAUUUUCACUUGGAAAUAUACUACUAGUCUUAUCUUUCAUAUUGAUUAUUUAUAUUGUUUUACUGCAAUAUCAUUGAUGUGCACAUAGCUGAUGUAGAUCUAGUUGUUUAGAUUGCUAUUGCUUUUUACAAGCUUUUCUUAAAAGAAAUUGUUCCUAAUGUUAUUCAUCUCUUCCAUUUUGGGCAAUGGCCUACAUCGAAAAAUGGGGGCUGUCUUAUGUAGUUAUGUUAUAUGUGACUAUAUAUAUGUCAAAUGGUUUUUGUUCCUUUUUUCUUGGUAUUAAUUGGAAGAGUAGAUUGGGAUUCACCGUUAUCUUGCUUCCUGGGUCUAAGCCGAGAUAAAAGGACGGGGCUUUCUUUUGCUAAGUUUUUCAGUCGGCUGUUUGCCAAAAAAGAGAUGCGAAUUCUUAUGGUGGGUCUUGAUGCUGCUGGUAAGACUACCAUCUUAUAUAAGCUCAAGCUCGGAGAGAUUGUCACUACCAUUCCCACUACUGGGUUUAAUGUGGAGGCUGUGGAAUAUAAGAACAUUAGCUUCACUGUUUGGGAUGUUGGUGGUCAGGACAAGUACUUGCCUUUACCUCUAUUCAAAUUAAGGGUUAAUCCGGAGUUUAUUCGACCUUUGUGGAGGCACUACUUCCAAAAUACCCAGGGGCUAAUCUUUGUUGUUGAUAGCAAUGAUCGUGACCUUGUGGUUGAGGCCAGGGAUGAGCUUCACCGUAUGCUAAAUGAGAUUCCAACUUUGUCCGCUUUUGAUUACCUUAUACCUUUUAAGGGCCCACCCCAAAUUUGUGUUUGUAAUGAGAGAAGGAAGAGAAUUGUGAGGGCUGUGGCUGAGGAUGCUGUGCUGCUUGUAUUUGCAAACAAGCAAGAUCUACCAAAUGCUAUGAAUGCUGCUGAGAUCACUGAUAAGCUUGGUCUUCAUUCCCUCCGUCAGCGCCAUUGGUAUAUCCAGAGCACAUGUGCCACCUCCGGUGAAGGGCUGUACGAGGGACUAGACUGGCUCUCAAACAACAUAGCUAACAAGGGUUGAGGGUUGGUUGAAUUUCAGUGAUAUCUCAGGCUGCAAAUCUUUCUCGAAUUUGAAUUUUUUGAUGCUAUUUUAUGUUAUUGGGUUUUUCUUUUCCUUGUAACUUUUGCAAGAAAUGUAUUAGAUAUUUUUAAUGUAGGCAUUUUGCCUGCCUUGUAGAUUGAAAUCUUUGUUCUGAAUUUUAACAAUUGUUGACUGUCAGUCCAAUUUGAUAAUUAUUUGUUCCCGGUUCUUUCCAAAUUAUGAUCAUUGGUUGAUUCUUGUUAGCUCAAUAAAGCUCAGAGUUGGGGGAGCGGGAAGAGGGAUUUUUUUUUUAAAUUUAUUUUUGGCCAAGUAAUUUCAUUUUAACUGUUCUCUAAACCGCCUUUUCAUUUGCUAGUUUACCAGGGGAUCUGAGUAAGGGAAAUUUUUGUUUGGAUAAAGGUGAUUAUGCUUUAUUCAAGCACUUGCUUCAAAAUAAAAAGCGCAUCAGAUACUGAACUUAUUAUCUACUUAACCUAAAGCUGCAUUCAGUCUUGAAAAGCAAGUGGGCGUUGCCCUUUAAUCCAAACUCCUUUUCCUUUUCUUUGUUGGGUUUAUAUACCGUAGCAGUGUACAAAGCCCACCAAGAUUGCUCAUCUUAUACUCCCAACGCCCAUCAUGCAACUAAUC